AGUGAACGUAUGUUUAUGGGAGCAGUUUGCAUAUGUGGCGUUUACACUGUUUUUUUGGUGUCGAGUCUAAACCCGUAUGAUUAAUACAUAGAAUUCGGUGCUAUUGAGUUAUUGGGUAUUGCGCAAGUAAAAACAGCUCCGGGAGAAAUAUGUGAACUAUGGUUUAUCUAUGAAUACAAAAUAUAACGUUUAGUAUACCGCUUGAAAAAAUGAAUCUGCUGCAGACUAACGAACAGGACAUUUUUGUUUACGAAUCCCUGGAAGACGAUCCUCAAAAAAACUCAAAAUCCACAAGAAAAGAUCCGGACAGAGACUGUUCCUGUGUGAACAUAGAGAAAGCGUGUAAAUCGGAACGGUGCAUAAGGCGUACAGACUGCGUGGGAUCCAUCGCUUUUGUCUGUGUUGUGCUCGGUGUUAUUAUUUUGUUGGUUGGGUACUUAGUACCCAGGCAUCCCAAAGGUGACCCGGAAACCGACGAGUACAAACAAUUGGAAAACUACUACACAAAGCUUGGACACGGUGCAGACGUCAGCAUUUUGGUUGCUCUUGGAUUUAUAAGUGUUGGCGGGAUUAUAAUGGCCGGUCUGUUUAUGUGGUCCGCCAUUGAAGGGUGUCGCCAAAAGGACGCGGACGACGGGGGUGUGCCGCUAAUAAACAAACUUCCUGUCGAAGCAAAAUUGCUUCCGACGGAGGAUGCCGAGAUGGAUUACGGCACCUCGUCGUAAUAAGAUUUCGAGUUACAACUUAAAACACUGAAUGAUUUUGGAAGAUGGAUGUAUAGUCUAAUACGGCGCUUUCCAAGCCAUAGUUGAAACAAUAUAACAGUAGUUUUUUUUUCAGAAUUACGGACGAUGCCGAGAUGGAUUACGGCACCUCGUCGUAGUAAGAUUUCGAGUUACAAUUUAAAACAGUGAAUUAUUUUGAAAGAUACGCCGCUUCCCAAGUUAUAGUUAUAAAAUUAUAAUAUUUUUUUCUUAGAAUUCCCAUGGAUUUUGAUAUAUACGCACUCAAUAGGGCGUAGCUCAUGCCAUAGUAAUCAGCAUUAUCAUAACAGUACUAUUUCUUAGAUACCCAGACCUAGAUACACACGUAUCACAGUUUCUUUAAAAGCAUGAUAUAUUGGUACGAGUCAUUUUGUAGAAUAACUACAAUAUUGAACAGAAAAUGUAAUUUGAGUUCUGUGUCGUUUAAUAGCUAGAGCGGAGAUUCUCGGAAACACAGUGUUUUCAUCAAAAUGAUAACUUACUUUACAUUAUUCACCGCCGAGGUUUGUCUAUGGUAUCUAAACGUUAUUGUAUUGAAAUAUUGAGAACGUGUUUACAUUUAUGGCUAAUUGUACGUACAUGUAUUACAUUACACAUAUCGUAUAAGUCGCGCCCCCUAGCGGCAAAGCGCUCCCGUGUCGUCAAAAUGACACAGAUUGUGUAGUCCGUUAUUUAGAACGUAUGAGCAACUAUCAUGGUUAUCUCAUAGAAACGUUUUGUUACUAAGGGGUAUAACUUGUACAAUAUAUUGUACAUACAUUUAUAAAGAUAAAAUGCUCCAUCAUUUGCAUUGCCCAAUGAUACACUACC